AUAAAGUGAACAUUGUGCGUGGAUAUUUAAAGUUUUUAUCAAAAAUGGCGGGUUACAUGCCACCGAUUCAUAUGCCAUUGGAGUCAAAAUGGCGACAUUAUCCGACGUACAUCUACGACAAAAAUUAUGGCUAUGGAAUGAACUACUAUCAGCCAAUGAUUGAUUACAUAGAUAUCAAGCAACGCACUCCGAGAUCGACUCUUGAAUCAAAAUUUGAAAGAAGAAUAGAGUUACCCGAAUUACCCUGGUCUGAUGGUAGUUUCUUAUGGGAGGAUAAAAGGGUGCAACCCUACACAAAAGAUAAUCUCAUUAAAUACGCGAUCAACGCUGAAGACGAGGCCAGAGAUCAUUUGUCUCGCUUUAAGGUACAAUAAUAUGAUAAAAGGGAAAAUACUGUUGGUUAAAUCUUUGCGAAAAGGAACUUCUAAGAGAUGCGAGCUAUCCGUUUUCCGAGUGCCGUGCGACUCCGUAACUGCUUGACCUUUUCCGUUUCUAAAUUUGGUGCCGCGGAAGAGACUGCCUCGUUUCGAGUGAUCAAAGACGUGCGCAUGGAUGCUGUGCGUAAUUCGUGUCAUCAUUGACAUAGCUAUAUUUUCUUGUUUUGUAACUUACUCCUAUCCGUUCUCUAUGUUAGAAAUAUCAGGCACAACAGCAAUGCGACAUCGAAGCCGUAUUUAUUUCAAAUUUUUUUGUAUAUCUAAAUAAAAUAAUACA